AAUCUCUUUUUCGUCUUACUUGACUAUCUCUCUUUUCUAAUGGUCCAGAGAGAAGAAGAAGAAGUUUGAUUUGAGUUCACUACAUUCUUCCCGCUUCAUACUGCAGUUUGAAAUCCUUGUUUCAGAGAUUUGCUCAUGGCGAAGCGCGUUUAUCAAGUUUGGAAGGGAAAUAACAAAUUCUUUCUUGGUGGGAGAUUGAUAUUUGGACCAGAUGCUAGAUCUUUGGUGGUGACAAUUUCGUUGAUAAUUGUACCGGUUAUUAUCUUCUGCGUGUUUGUUGCGAGACAUCUUCGACAUGAGUUUGCUCCUCGAUAUAAUGCUGGAUAUGCAAUUCUAGUCACAGCUAUAGUCUUUACUCUUUAUGUGUUGCUGAUUCUAUUUCAAACUUCAACUAGGGAUCCGGGGAUAGUGCCACGAAAUGCACAUCCACCUGAGGAAGAGUUUCGACACGAUACUCAUGUUGAUAUCGGGGGAAGACAAACACCAACCCUACAACUUCCUCGUACGAAAGAAGUUUUGGUUAAUGGCAUUCCUGUUAAGGUUAAAUAUUGUGAUACUUGCAUGCUUUAUCGUCCUCCUCGUUGCUCUCAUUGCUCUAUUUGUAACAAUUGCGUUGAACGGUUUGAUCAUCAUUGCCCUUGGGUCGGUCAAUGCAUUGGAAUGCGUAACUACAGGUUCUUCUUCUUGUUUGUGUCGUCGGCAACGAUUCUUUGCUUAUACGUUUUUGCGAUGACGGGUUUAUACAUUAAAGUCCUGAUGGAUCAUUCUGAAGGAACCAUUUGGAAAGCGAUGAAGGAAUCGCCUGUUUCUGUUAUACUGAUGGUAUAUUGUUUCUCAGCACUUUGGUUUGUUGGAGGAUUGACUGGUUUUCAUCUCUAUCUUAUGUGCACAAAUCAGACGACAUAUGAGAAUUUUCGUUACAGAGCUGAUAGACGGAUGAAUGUUAAUGACCGGGGAUGUCUUAAUAAUGUUGCUGAAGUUUUCUGCACUACGAUUCAGCCUUCAAGGAAUAAAUUCCGAGAUUAUGUAAAGGAGGAGGAGGCGCAAAGAAUUUCUACCACGCCUCCUCCUCGGCUCUCUUAUAUGUCGGAUGGGCAUCGAGCGAAGGUUGAGGAUGAUUUAGAAUUCGGGGGCGAUUUGUUAAAGAUCUCACAACGUCAUAAUGUGGAUGAUAUGGAGGAGAUAAAAGGUCAUUUGCAUGGUUCGGACUCAGUUUUGGACUCGGUUUUAGACUGUCGAAGGCAGGACGAUGUGCAGAGUCAGAGUUGGGGGAGAAGAAGUGGGAGCUGGGGAAUGACAACGUAAUUAAAAAAAAAGAAGAGAGAUUUUGUGUUGAGAUAUUGAGAUUGUUAAAUUUGUUUUAUUGAAGAAUGUUAUUUGUAAGUUGUAUGAUUCCUUCAUUUUUACCCGAAUUCUUGAAAAGGGUAAUGGGUAAAAAACCUGUAGUAAUAUUUGUGAAAUCGAAACUGUAUUG